AUGCGUAUUUUACUUUCUAAACUUCCCCGCUCAUGGGUAGUAGAUGAAAAGAAAGAUGAUGGUUACACAGCCUUACAUCUUGCUGCAUUGAAUAAUCAUGUGGAAGUUGCAGAAUUAUUGGUUCAGCAGGGUAGAGCAAAUAUGAAUCUUCAGAAUGUGAAUUUACAAACACCUCUUCAUUUAGCAGUAGAGAGGCAGCAUACACAAAUUGUUAGGCUCCUUGUCCGGGAGAAAUGUAACUUGAACAUUCCUGACAAGGAUGGAGACACACCCCUUCAUGAAGCUUUAAGACAUCAUACUCUUUCUCAGCUGAGACAAUUACAAGACAUGCAGGAAGGUGGAAAAGUUGGAAUUACCAAUGAAAGUACUAUUAGUGGCACAUCCGAGUUGUUGAUGGGCUUAGGAACUCAAAGCUCUGAUAAGAAAAGCAAUGCAUCAAUUGCCUGUUUCUUAGUAUCCAAUGGAGCUGAUCUGAAUAUAAAGAAUAAAAAAGGUCAGACUCCAUUAGACUUGUGUCCUGAUCCAAAUCUAUGCAAAGCCUUGACAAAAUGUCAUAAAGAGCAAUCUAAUGAUCAGUGCAUUACACCGUCCAGUAGUUCACCCUCCCAAGAUAAUGAAACUCUUGAAGAAUGUAUGGUUUGUUCCGAUAUGAAAAGAGAUACAUUGUUUGGUCCAUGUGGUCAUAUUGCCACUUGUUCUUUGUGCUCUCCAAGAGUGAAGAAGUGCCUUAUGUGCAAAGAACAAGUUCAGUCACGAACUAAGAUUGAAGAAUGUGUUGUGUGUUCAGAUAAAAGGGCAUCUGUUCUUUUCAAACCUUGUGGCCAUAUGUGUGCAUGUGAUGGCUGUGCUGCAUUAAUGAAAAAAUGCGUUCAAUGUCGAGCCCAGAUUGAUAAAGUAAUACCUUUCAUUGUGUGCUGUGGUGGAACAGUACUGACAUGGGCUGGCCUGUCUAUUUUACAAGCAUCUACAACUCCCGCUUCUACUCCUGGAAUGAUGAUGAACAAUGGAUGUAGGGAUAACUCUCAUAAUGAUAUUCAGAAACUUCAACAGCAGCUUCAAGAUAUUAAAGAACAGACAAUGUGUCCUGUAUGUUUGGAUCGUCUGAAGAACAUGAUAUUCCUUUGUGGCCAUGGAACAUGUCAAAUGUGUGGGGAUCGUAUGUCUGAGUGCCCAAUCUGCCGUAAAGGUGUUGAGAAGCGCAUAUUAUUGUACUAGUUCUGCUAUUAUUUUGCCAUCAGUUUUUCUUUUUUAAGGGGGGAUUGUUUUUUUAGUUCAAAAACUUGUGCGCAAAAUGCCAUCAGCAUGUAUAAAGCAAAAUCUUUGUAUAAUGCAGGGUAAGCAUUUUGUUAAUAAAUUUGUCAUUAUAAAAGAUAUAUAUAAGAUCUUUUGUAACUUGAUUCAUUUUGUGUAAUCAUUAAUGAAGUUAUUUUAUGUAGAAGGAAAAUAAGAUACUUUUUAUUUCCAAAAUAUGAAGUUUUUGUUGUUUGUUUCUUUUUUAAAUCUGUUCUUUGUGUAUCUACAUUAUUGAUAAGUUUUUCUCAUUUAAAAGGAAACCAUAUAUCUUCUUGAUUUUUUAGAAAAUAUUUUGAAAUAUUUACAAGAAAUGUUGUAAUUUAAUGAGCUUAUAUCAAUAUCAUAACCAUAGUAUUAAAAUUUGGUUCAUCGCAAAUUUUUUAAAAAUUAUUUCAUUGAACUUAUUAUAGUGUACUUUUGACUAUCCAGGCUUAGGCUGGAUAAUCAAGCAUGGAAAUCGUCUAUAACAAUUAUUUCAAUUAUCCCUGAUAGGAAAGCAGGUCAUGGAUAAUCGGAAAACAAUGAUAAUCCAAACCAUCAAAUUCCAUGCAUAUUGUAUGCAUUUAAUUCUUAAAAAGAAUUAGUAAUUUUAUUUUGUAUUUGAGAAUGUUUAAAUAUUUUUUGUAUUUUCCUGCAUAGUUUAUAAAGUGCUAUUUAACAUCAUCUUCGAAUCCCCUUUGAUCAACAAAGUUCAAUAGAGUUUCAACAAAAGGCACUGUUGUCUGAGGACUAAUCUAAUUGCCAUUAUCAUUCUAUGCGUCUUGUGAUAUUUGAAACUGAUUUGAUAUUUGAUUUAUGUGUUAUUGUGAUAUUGGAAACGAAAACCACAUCACUCAAGCAUUGAAAACCCAGCUCAGUUAAAUCACCAUUGAACCAUUUCCUCAAUGUUUUCCUGAUCAACAUUUUUAAUUUUUUUGGCAUAUAGCUUUAAUUAAUUACUGCUGCAACUUCUUCACAAUUAGAUAAGGACAGUUUCUAAAUUAGGUUGAAUCUUUCUCAAUAAUUGGAUUUGCACAUGUUUGGUUUUUACAUACUCUUUUGCACAUGGCAUUAAGUGUGAGUGCUUGGGCACCACCACUCAUGGAUAAUUCGCAAAUUGGAUAAUCAAAAUUGCACUAUAUGUAUAAGUUUAUAUAUAUAUAUAUAUUCAGGAUAUUUGUAAACUCAGUAAAAAACAGUUUUCAUCAAGUGUAGAGACAGUCGAAAUUUACAUAAUGAUUCAUAAUUUUCACGAUAUUUCAAAAAGUGUUAUAAUAGCAAAUUAAAGGAAAUUAAUUAGUGUGGAGAUAGGUUUGUGAAUACCAUUGGAUCAAAAAUGCAUUUCUAGAAUAGAUGUAACUCCAUUUUGUAAUUGCUUUGUUUUGAAUCUUGAGUAAAUAUUUUUCAAAAUUAAUUUACUUUUUCCCAAAAUGUGAUCUAUAAUCUCACGUAUAUUUUGGGGGAUUAGAUGCUUAAUAUGUUUUGACUUCUGUACACUAUUUUUAUCAUUUUAAGAACAGCCCUUUUUUGGGAGGGAGGGGGUUUAAAUGUUUGAAUUCAUAUUUUAUAUAUCUGUUAUAAUGUCUGUUAAGUUAAUCGUAAUAAUUCUACCCCUUUUUAACUAUUUGCUUUGUUUGAAAUUUCAAUGUGUUUAGAGAUAUAAAUGAAAAACAACUUUUUCUGCUGCUACUGGUUUUUAUACUAAUGUUGUAUUAAGUUUGACUAGGACUUCAUCUAUAUCUUCAGCUGAUACCCAGUUCACAUCCUAAUGCAUAUAUGGAUGUUGAUAAUGCUCAAAACUGUAUUUAUUAAAUUCGAACUUUUAAAAAAAAAAUGACUGUAAAAUGGCUAAUGAAACCAAAAAAAAGAAAAAGAAAAUUCUGCUUGUAGCAAACUAAAAGCAAAUUAUAUAAAAAAUGACCUAUAUUAUAACAAAAUAUUUAUCUUUUAAUUAUAUAUUUACUUUUACAUAAGAAUUUAUCUAGUCAGAAAUAUUUUGAUGUACAUUAACAAAGAAAUUGUAGUAUAUUUAAUAAAUUUGCUGAGUUUUGUUUGUGUUUAAAAAAAUCAUUUUUUGAGUUUAGUAGGUCAUUUUAAUUAUUAUCAAAAGGAUAAAGGUAAAAUAAAAGAACCAUAAUCUAAUGAAAAUAUGAUAGCUGUGUUAGAAAUAUUUUUAUCAUAGUGUGAUAGUAAUUUAUGCUUUUCUUAUUAAUAAAUUAUCUUUGUGAGAAACAUAUUGAAUUCACAUAAAGUUUAUAAUAGUUAAUUUUGAUUGAUGAUUGAUUCUACACUUAGAAAAUGGUGUUCAAAAAAUUAACUUAAAUGGUUUAUUAUUUUACCUUUGUAGACUUCUUUCACAGACUGGAAUCUGUGACAUAUAAUUGGAAGUUUCCCCCCUGCAUUUGUCAUAAUUUUGCUGUUUAUCACAGUCUGUAAUUUUGUUUACCAAAUGUUUCCCAGAAAAUGCUUCUUUAUGUAGUCAAUAGACUUAAAAAAAGGGGUGAUCUGUUUUUAUGUAUUUAUCCUUAUUUUUUGUAUUUUAUAUUACUUCUUAUAUUUAUAAACUGUUCUUUAGAGUUCUAAGUUUUUCCGGAUACGCUUUUCAUCCUGUAAGUCCUGUAAUUUUGUUAAAUAUGCAUUCAAUGUUUAUAAGGAAGUUUAUUGUGUUUGUUCCUUAAUUUUUUCACUCAUUUUAUCAUAUAUGCAUUACAUUUUAAAUAUCUGUAUGAUUUAAAAUAUGAUAUUCACCAUAGGGAAUAAAUUUAUUGAAUGAAUAAAUGUAUAUUUUGUUUAUAUAUGCAGAAGUUUUCAUAGCCUGUAUCUGUUAUUUGAUUUCUUUAGAUCUUUAUGUAUCCUAUGUCAUUUUGUAUGGGAUUUUUAUCUGUAGUAAUUUAAAGUACUCUGUUAUUGUAAUGCUGCUUCAUACAUAGUAGUUUUUACCCCAAGCAAAUGUUUCUUUAAAACUAUUAUAACAUAAUUCAGGAAUUGUACAUUUAAAUGACUAAAUAAAUUUUUAAAAAAGGAAAUUUUCCAGUUUAACAAAAUUCAUAGCAAUGCUGAAGAAAUGGCGCUUUUAAGUCAGCAGCCCUUUAAAGCUAUGAAUGCAUUCAAGCUUAGAGUUAAGCUGCCGAUUUCAUUCAGACAAUUUACUUCAUUUCAUAGAAAAUAAAACUAAUAUAUUUUUAUUUUAUAAAAAAAUAUAUAAACAGUAAAAAGUUUUGUAGAUGUUUUAAAAAAUAAUUAUGUAAGGCACAUGUAUAUAUGUUUUAUACACUCAUAUAUAGUCUUUUUAUGUGCAUACAUAUAUAAGGUCAUACAUAUUUUUGGGAGGCAUUACCUAUUGCUUCCAGUUUUAUAUAUUGUUUAUUGCUUUCGACUUGCAGAACUUGAAAUGCAUAUAAUGAUUUUAAAGUUAACUGUUAAAUACCUGGGUAUGUAAUUAUUCCUUUUUAUGCAUUAGUUGGUUUUUCCUCCCUAUUACAGCAAUUUACUUUGCCUUUUACAUGGAGAUUUAAAUCUUGCUUCUCCCUUAUGUUAUAACUAGCCACUUAAAAUGGUUAUUAUGAAAAAAAAAAAAAAAAAAAGAUAACAUUGUAAAAGGAUUUUAAUGAGUCCAACUAAUGCAAUUUCUCAGUUUCAGCUGAUAAUUAAUAACAGAGGUGAAAGACUGUGUUUAUUGCUUCAAAGUUGAUUGUUUUGUUAAUCAGUAACAUACAAAUUAAUUUUUUUUAAAAAGUGAAUAUCAUAUGCUUUUACAAAUGAUGUGUGGAAUAUUAAAAAAAUAUAUUUUUAGCAAAAGUAACACAUUACCUUUAAAGCGCUGAGUUUUCCGGUUACAUUUUAAAUGUAAGUAUCUUACGCUUUGCCAAAUAUCAACACAUUGUUUUUAAAUAAUUGAGUCUGUUAAUCAAAAUGUCAUUAGGUUUGCAUAAAAUAUGAAACAAAUUAAAAAUUCAAGCUUCAAGUUGUUCUGUGUAUGUUCAAAAUUGGUGGCUGUGGGUGGUGCUGCUGUUUUCUCACAAUAUAUACUUGCAUAAAUAUACUUUCUGUAUUAUUUAAUAAUAAAUAUUAAAACAACACUAAAUUUCUUCCAAACUCAUAAUAAUCUAAAUUUUUGUUAAAAUUUUUAAACAGAUAAAAUAUACAAGAAUUUUUAGAAGAAAUUUCACUUAUCAUUUUACCCAUAGAUAAGCAUAUAGAGAUGCUAAACUAAAUUAUAUAAUAAGCUUUCACUACAUGCACACUAUUUUAAUUGUGCAGUAAUUACCUGUGUGUGACACUUUUUUAUAUUAAUAACUGCUUGUUUUAGUGAACAGGUUUGAUUAAUAACUUUCUAUUUGAAUAAUUUAAUACAUUAUUUUGUUACCAACCAAAAACCUAAAAGCAUGUCAUUUGUAGAAGAAAGAACUAAAACUAAUAACUGCACGUAAAACUAAAACUGAAAUGUUAAAAUCUAAAGUAUUUAAACCCUAAAAUGAAUGUGAAAAGAAUUGUAUGAACAUUUUAGCUUUUUUCUUCAGACAUAUUCAAUAUACAGUUGAUUCACAUUAAUUGAAAUAUCUCAUAUCUGUAAUAUAUUUGCUUAUAACUCAGUUGCUGCCUUGAUCACCCAAAGUUAGUUUUUAGAUUGAUUAAAUUUUUAAAUAAAAAAGUCAAAAACCUGUCAAAAAUUUGA